UAAACGGUCAUCAGACAAGGGCCUUCAAAACCCUAAUCGUCACCCGCUUCGCGAUCCUCCAUCGACGUCUCACAUGGCGGAAGAGCCGAAGAAUGGUGACGCCGUCGGAAGCGGAGUCGGUGGUCGGGAGGCCGAGGAGGAGCAGGUGGUGAACCCGUGGGAGGUGACGGCGAAGGACGGGGGGAAGAUCGACUACGACAAGUUGAUCGAGAAGUUCGGGUGCCAGCGACUCGAGGAACCGCUCGUACGGCGCGUCGAGCGGCUCACCGGACGCCCCGCGCACGUCUUUCUCCGCCGCGGCGUGUUCUUCGCCCACAGGGACUUCAAUGAGAUACUUGAUGUCUAUGAGAGGGGCGAGAAGUUCUACCUCUACACGGGCAGAGGGCCUUCCUCUGAGGCGUUACAUUUUGGGCAUUUGGUGCCCUUCAUGUUCACUAAGUACUUGCAGGAUGCUUUCAAGGUUCCUCUUGUAAUACAGCUAACUGAUGAUGAAAAAUGCAUGUGGAAGAACCUAACAGUGGAAGAAAGUAAAAGGCUUGCUCGUGAGAAUGCAAAAGACAUAAUUGCAUGUGGAUUUGACAUAACAAGAACUUUCAUUUUCUCAGAUUUCAAUUAUGUUGGCGGUGCCUUCUAUGAGAAUAUGGUUAAGGUUGCAAAAUGUGUCACAUUUAAUAAGGUUGUGGGAAUAUUUGGCUUUACCAAUGAGGAUCAUAUUGGCAAAAUCAGCUUCCCACCUGUUCAGGCUGUCCCAUCAUUUCCUAGUUCAUUUCCACAUCUCUUCUCAGGCAAAGACAACCUUCGUUGUUUGAUCCCAUGUGCCAUCGACCAGGAUCCUUACUUCAGAAUGACUCGAGAUGUUGCUCCUAGGAUAGGCUAUCAAAAACCUGCAUUAAUUGAAUCAUCAUUUUUCCCUGCUCUUCAGGGGGAGACGGGAAAGAUGUCUGCCAGUGAUCCAAAUUCUGCUAUAUACGUGACAGAUUCAUCCAAGGACAUAAAGAAUAAGGUGAACAGGUAUGCAUUCUCCGGCGGUCAAGAUUCAAUUGAGAAUCACAGGAAAUAUGGAGCAAAUUUAGAGGUUGAUAUUCCUGUCAAGUACCUUGGGUUCUUUCUUGAAGACGAUGCUGAACUUGAUCAUAUAAGGAAGGAAUAUGGUGCUGGGCGAAUGUUGACUGGGGAGGUCAAAAAGCGCCUUAUAGAGGUCCUAUCUGAAUUGGUUGAGCGACAUCAGAGAGCACGGGCGUCAGUCACUGAUGAGAUGGUGGAUGCUUUCAUGGCCGUGAGACCGCUUCCCCACAUGUUCAGCUAAAACGCUUAGCGGUGGGAUUCCAGCACAGCACCUUCAAUGUGUAAACAAAGGCGAGCAAAAGAUAUGAUUUGUGUGGGUAUUUCACUUUUUCUCUCGUUUAUUUAAGGAUUAGCAACAUUGCAAUCAGUUAUUUCCCCCGAGAUUUCUUGCAAUAUAGAGAGUAGAUGGCGGUGCUAUCGAUAUAUGGUCAUUGCUCAAUUGUUCAUUAAACAUCUAAGAGUUGAAAUGCAAGUUGAUGUCCAAUAUGCAUUAUUGCCUUUAUUUCA